AUCGUUCAGUUGAGUUAUCCAGCAUUCCCAAUCAUGAUUACUCGACCGAUUAUAUUAGUCAUUUUGUGUUACGCUAUUCUUAUGAUAGUGCAGUCAUUCGUGCCUAAAGCGGUAGCGCUGAAAAGAAAACCAGACGUGGGUGGUUUUAUGGUAGAAGACCAAAGCACACAUAAAAGUCACAACUACAUGAUGAAAAGAGCAAGAAAUGACGUUUUGGGAGAUAAAGAAAACGUCAGGCCGAAUCCUUACUACACGGAGCCUUUUGACCCAGACACGAGCCCAGAAGAAUUGUCCGCUUUAAUAGUUGAUUACGCCAAUAUGAUUAGGAAUGAUGUUAUUCUGUUGGAUAAUUCCGUUGAAACGAGAACGCGAAAAAGGGGAAACAUUCAAGUUGAAAACCAAGCUAUUCCGGACCCACCUUGCACUUGCAAAUACAAGAAAGAAAUAGAAGACUUGGGCGAAAACUCUGUUCCACGCUUCAUUGAAACCAGAAACUGCAAUAAAACACAACAGCCGACCUGUCGACCCCCGUACAUUUGCAAAGAAAGUUUAUACAGUAUAACUAUUUUAAAAAGAAGGGAGACUAAAUCGCAGGAGUCUCUCGAGAUACCGAAUGAAUUGAAAUAUCGAUGGGUGGCGGAAUCUCACCCCGUCAGCGUGGCGUGUUUGUGUACAAGAGACUACCAACUACGAUAUAAUAAUAAUUAAUUGUUUUGACUUACGCCUGAUGAUUUGUUCCGAAUCGAAUUUAUUUAAUUACUUUAUACAAUAAAGCUUAUAUUAAAAAUUAAUGAUAAUCAAUUUUAAUUAAACCAAAUUGAAAAAAAUAAAAAUUUCCUCCGAUUUUUAGUUUUUAGUGGUGGUACAUUCAGCGAAGCACUGUUUUGCUAGGCCAGAUGUUAGUAGAUCAAUACAGUUUUGAUGCUUACCUUGAAAGCUGUGCUCUUAUUAUAUUAUGCUAUUCAAAUAAGAUUAUAUAGUUAAAUAUAUAUCUAUUAAAUAUUAAAAGACACAAUUUAAA